AUGGAAGCGGCGGGAAGCGGCGAACCCAAGGCGAGGUGCGAGCGGCCGGCAGCGGCAAUGCCGCAGCAGACGGAGCCCGGCGGGCUGCCGGACCGCAGCCGCAGCGACUCAACGCUGUCAGAGGCGUCGGGCAGCCUGGAUGUGCUGUGUGACACCGAGUUCCAAGAGGAUUUUGUGAGGCUGUUCGAGCACUCCCUGCGCACGCUGCCCUCCGUCGGCCUGCCCACGCUUCUGGCUUACAGACCCGAAUCCUCCUGGGACAAGCCACAGGCUGAGGUGAGCCUCAGGCUGAGUGCAGCAGAGGAAGAUCCUGCCCCAAGGUGUGAGUUCUGUGGCAGCCUGCUGAAGCCAUUCCCUGCCUCGGAAAAGCUUUUCCUGCUGGCACAGGAUGAUGACUCUCAUUUCUGCUGUGAGCACCGUCGAGACCUCUACGAGUUCAUCAUCAGUGAGAGGAGGAACCAGGAAGAUGCCCGCAGUGCUGCUGCUGGCAGCUCCCACAGACCUGGCAGCACCGAAGCUGAGAGGCAGCUGGCAAAGGACAGAGCCUACCCACGGCAGCAGGACAAGCUGUUGGCCAAACAGUUAGCUUCCCUGGCAGCAGAGCCACAAGGCACAGCUGUGGGUUCCAGCCAGGCUGGCACUAUUUCCUACCUGCUGUCUCGGGAGCCCCCAUCACCCACAGGCUGGACGCUGAUGCCCGGUGAGCAAGUGUCAGGGCCUGAGGAGGAGCCCGAGGAGGAGCCCGAGGAGGAGCCUGGCUACUCCAGCCUCACCUGCUGCGACUUCACCCUGCUGGGGGGCAAUGUGGUGAAGAAUGAGCUGUUGGUAAAAUACUACAAAGGCGGAGGGAGAUUCCUCACCAUGCUGCCAGACGGAACAGCACAGCUACUUUACCCAUCUGGCAACCUGGCAAUCAUGGUUGUACGGCACAAAGCCCAGCUGGCUUGCAUAGUGCAGGAGGACAAGCCCAGCAAGGCUAAGAUACAAGCAGUGUUUCAGUCCCGGGGCAGAAGCAUCUGCUACCACCCGAGCGGCACCGUCUGGAUAAACAUGGACAUUCAGGGAGGGCAGUAUUUCAACCAGACAGGCGGCAGGGUGAGAAGGUGGAGAUGGCCCAACAGCAUCGCAGCAUCAGAGCUCCAGGCCCCGCUGAGCCCCAUCUUCAUCUCCCUGAACCAGCACGUGGGGGUCAGGAUCCUGGGGCAGGACAAAGUCGUCGUAUCCUUCCUCGCCAUGGGGCGACAAGCAAAGUUCAACGUGGGAAUCAAAGUGCAGGUCAGCAGUGGCCAGCUGCCUCCUCCCAUCCGGCUGAGCGAAGGGGAGCUCCUGCUGCUUGCCAUCAGGGUGAGGAUCCUGCAGCUCCUGGACAGGUUGCGUGGGUGCUUGACCUUUCCUUCUACCAAGCACUGGGACAAGAUCAAGCCCCCAGCAUUCCUGACCACACAGGCCUGGAAGAUCCUACAGCUGUGCACAUCUGCAGGCAUGAGCAGUGAGCUGCGCAGCUCGGUGCAGGCAAUAGUAAACGCUGAGGACUGAGCAGCACCGCAGUCCCUGCAGCCUUGAA